AUGAGCGACCUCGCGCGGCUGCCGGUGCAUGCGGUGGAUGCGUCGCAGGGCUAUGUCGUUGCGCUGACCGGAGCGAAUAUCGUGCUGUACAGGUCGAGCGGCGAGCUGGUCGCCGCACUGGAUGCGCGCAUCGAUGCGGGCGUGCCGGGCGACGCGUCGGUCGUCGCUUUUCCGCGCCUCUGCGCGAUUUCGCCGAGCGAGGCGUACCUCGCCGUUGCCUCGGACGACAAGACGCUGCGUGUGUGGCGCACAGACGAGCUCGCGUACGGGAAAGAGGUCGUGCGCCAGCGCCUCGCGAAGCGCGCAGGCACGCUGCAGUGGACGACGUGCGCGCUCCACGGCGAAAAGGGCGAGGAGGUCGUCAUUGCCGACAAGUUUGGCGACGUCUGGUCGUUUCCGGUAGACGCGAGCGUCGCGCCCGAGGCGCUGCCCGAUGCGGCCGAGGAGGAUCCGGCCGAGGCGGCGGUCAAACCGCGCCUGGGGCACGUCAGCAUGGUGACCUGCCUCGCGUUCCUCGGCCAGGGGGGGGUGCCGACGAGCAUCGUGAGCGCCGACCGCGACGAGCACAUCCGCAUCUCGCGCUGGGGCACGAAGCGUGCGGGGCACGUCGUCCAGGAGUACCUCCUCGGCUCGUCGAGCUUUGUCGGCGCACUCCUGCCAAUUGAACAGUCAACGGCGGAAAAGAGCGGCUUUGACAGCGCGAUCCUCGUGUCGGCAGACGGCGGCGCAUGCCUGCGUGUGUGGGCGCAGCACGGCAAGUACGGCCUGCAGUCGGUCGUUGCGCUGCCCGACCUCUCGAAGCACGUCGCGGUCGACGCAUCAAUCGAGCGCCGCCGCGAGCGCGUCGCAAGCAACGUGGCGCUCCGGGACGCGUUCGACCCGACGGCCAAGCCGCCGAAGCGCGCGCGCGAAGAUGAAAACGAAGAGACGGCGCCGCUCGUGCUCACGCGCCUCUUGCUCGUGAACGACACGACGAUCCUCGCGACGUGGGAGGGCGCGUCGGUGCUCGCGCUGAUCCCGCUUGCGUCGCUGCGUGCCUCGGGCACGCUCAGCGACGUGUAUGUGUACGACGUCGAGGCGCCAAUCCUCAGCGUCGCGUACGUCGCCGCACAGGGCACCCUCUAUGUAGCCUGCGACGACCGGCCUGGCAUCGGCCAUGCGCCGGCGCUCCGUGCGUACACGGUCGGCACGACGAUCGAGCCGGCGUCCUCGUCGGUGCUCGACGCGCUGAAUGCGCCGCCGGCGGACACGCCGACGUCGGCGCCGGACCUCGCCAAGCACGCCGUGCUUACAGCGGCGGCGGCGUCGCCGCGUGCUUUUGCGCCUCACGCAACACUGUCCAAGCUCUGUCUCUACCCUGCCCUCACGACGUGGCCCAAGCCGGCGCCGGUCGCGGGCGACGACGCAACGCCGUACCCCUCCUUCUUCCUGGGCCAGCGCCCAGAGGCAGUGGCGCAGGAGAUGGUGCAGCGGUUCCAGUCUGGCAAGCGCGCAGCGGGGCGUGCCAAGAACCAGGCGACGAUCCAGCAGCAAUAUGCAGCCGAGCAGUAG